AUGGUGCAACCGUUCACUAAUCUCAGCGAGGCCAAUGGAGGCGCAGGACGACGACCUCCUCCCACACCGACGGCUCCACCAAUGGAUGCGCCAUCCGGUAACGAUGGCCAGUUCGUGGAGUUCCUGGUACUGGGUAAUAAGGAAAACUAUAUCGUACUCGCAGAACGAAAAGCGAUCCUUGAUUCAAACACAGGGCUGGCCCAUAUGCUAUCCAGCAGCGGUGGUGGUGGUGGUCGUGGCGGUGACACCAAGUGCGUUGUGCGCGAUGUGAACCGAGACAAUUUCGAGACAUUUGUACGUUACCUCGAAACAAAGUUUAUCAAAUUCACCUCGCCAACACACACGCUCGAAAUGCUCGAACUAGCCACCCGGUUCCAAUGCCGUCAGCUCGAGAUCCAUUGCGUGAAGGAGCUCGAUCUCAAUCUACACGUUGAUCACGUGCUGGAAGUAUACCGUGCCCUCUGGUUUUACAAUCCCAUCGCACCACCGAAAAAUCCGCCCAAAGAGCCGAAAAGAAGUUCCCGAUGUCCCCGAGCAAACAACAAAUCGCACAACACCCGCUCGGGCAGUGGGCCUCUCACGCCGGAAGAAUAUUUUGCCGCCCUGCUAAACAACUGUCUGCAGCUGAUCGAUAUGCAGGCCGAGGAAGUGUUCUCCCAGGACGCGAUGCUUACGUUGCGCUUCCAGGAGCUGGAAAUGAUUGUGAAGCGCGACGCACUGCAGAUGUCCUCCGAAACGGUACUGGUCGAGGUGCUCGCUCGCUGGAGCCUGGAAGACUGCAAGCGCAAACACAUCGAUCCAACGGCCGAAAACCGUCGGCGUGCACUCGGAGCGCUCUGCUAUGCGCCGCGCUAUCUCACCAUGUCGCGGCGCGACUUUGAAGCUGCCCGGGAACGCAUCGAACUGCUCGAUUCGACCGAACUGCAGCUCGUCGGCGACAUACUGGUGGCGGGCGGUGGUAUGCGUCGCUCGGCAACUGCUAAUCUCACGCCCGAGCAACAGUCGCUUGUUGAACGGUUCCGUGCGCCAAGGCCGGAACAUCCACUACUUCCGGUGCAGCUCAGUGCCCGAAGUCAUCCGCGCAACUACUCGAAGAAAAUGCGUAAGGCGGCUGCAGAAGCCGAACGGGAACGUAAUGGUCCGAACAAGGGUUGCUGUAACCGGUUGCUGCUGAACUGCUGUUCCGUGUUUGCCUGCAUUUUUGACUAGCGCUGCUGCCUGUAGGGAAACACUGCC